AUAAUUCGCACCGUCCGACACGCGUUCUUGAACGCGAUUAAAAAAUUCAAUCAUGACGGAUACGACGGAAUUUCUACUUAGACAGCUAGAUGACAAUUUUGAAAGAUCAAAAAAGGAACAAAUAGCUAAGUUUUUAAGCGAUCAGCAGGAAUUAAAUAAACGUUUUGAGGAAUUUCGAUUAAAAGACGAUACAGAAGAAGUUAGCAGUAAUUCUGAUGGAGAAACAGAAAAUUUAUACGCACAGACCUUAGCGCUACACAAGGUCAGACCUCAAUCCGCUUGUAAAGAACUUCAGAGGACUUCCAGAACGCCUGCUUUGAAUCGAAAGAAAACACUUCCGAUAAAAGACGUCCGACCGAGAACUGCAAGCGAAACUAGGCAGUCUACAGAGGAUAUUAUUUGUAAACGAGUUACGACUAAUAAAAAUGGACGUAAAAUUACUUCCACUCUUCAACCGGCUCCAAGCGGUCGGAGUAGAAGGAUAUCGUGGAAUGAUAAGCAGCUGUCAACUGUUCCUCAAAUUUCAAAUACUGACGAACAACCUCCAUCUCAACAACAACAGCAACAGCAGCAACCUCAGCAAUCUCAGCAAUCUCAGCAGUCGCUACAGCAGUCGCAACAACAAUCCUCUCCGACAGCCAAAUCAAAAAAUCGUGUUGGUUACGCUUCCUACAUAAAAGGUGUUUUUACGACAGCAGUGACAACCGGCUCUGAACGCUUGCAGAACUAUGUGCCUUCAAAAGUUGUGGAUUCGACCGAAGAACAAAAUAGCGAAACUGUUGUACGUUUACAAUCCGAACGACGACAGAGAGCGAAGCCAAUGUACCAAACGUCUAGUAAGGAUGAAGUACAUCCCCAACAACGUCAUCGACACAUCAUAUCCUUGAAUUUGCACAAUCCGACUACCGGUGAGACAGGCGACCGAUCAGAAAACAUCAAUCAACAGGCAGCUCCGCGAGGUAAUCCUCGUAGGGUUAGAGCUGCACAAGCUCCUCGACAUAUAACUGUAUUGAAGCUACCACCAGUCCAAGUGGCGGAUUCCACAACGACGCCUAAAGCCACCGGUGCUCAACCGCUAGUGUGA